GGUGUCAAGAACUCAUCUUUCCUAGCCUUGUCCUUCCCCAUCUUUCCAUCACAAGGACGGCCGCGUCACGUUCCAACGUCCGCUUUCUUCCACUCGAGUAUACCGACCUUGUUUUUCCUCCGCAAUACUUCACAAUGUCCGAUUAUUUGGCUCCUCCAUCUUUUUUGACGGACAAUUCCGUUGCCGCAGCCCUCAAGGAUGCAUACUCCUCGUUCUCCGAGCGCAGGGCUGCCCUCGGUCUAUCCAACCCCGGAACUGUGGAAAACAUCGCCCGGGAGGUGCAAAAGGAUGUUCUGCUGUCAAACUUCAUGUUCACGGGUCUUCGAGCCGAUUUGACUAAGGUCUUCGGGAUGUCUCCCUUGUUCCGUGUAUCGCAUGCGUUCUCGAUGGGCUCGUCCGGGAACCUGCCUCCGUACAACUUCUCCGCUAUGUAUGGAAGUCCGAAGGUCUUUAUGCAAGGUAACAUCGGAAGCGAUGGUGGACUCGCUGCUGUCGCCAACUACCGCUGGACCCCCAAGUUGGUCACCAAGACCAACACUCAGAUUAUGGCUGGUUCCAGUCAGGCCCUCAUUCAGGUCGACCAGGACUACACCGGUGAUGAUUUCUCCGCUUCUCUCAAGGCUUUCAACCCAUCUCUCUUGGAUGGGGGCCUCACUGGAAUCUUCGUUGGCAGCUAUCUCCAAUCCGUUACGCCCAGUCUAGCACUUGGUUUUGAAGCAAUCUGGCAGCGCCAGGGUAUGAACACUCGUCCGGAAAGUGCCCUGUCGUAUAGUGCCCGUUACAAGGCCAACGACUGGAUUGCUAGCGCACAACUUCAGGCUCAGGGUGUCCUGACUGCCUCUUACUGGAAGAAGCUUUCUGAGCGGGUUGAGGCUGGUGUCGAUAUGAACCUGCAGUUCGCUCCCAAUGCGGCUGCUGCGCUGAUGGGUGGUCCUAGCCGUGAUGGCACUACUGCCAUCGGUGCUAAGUAUGACUUCCGCGCUUCUACGUUCCGUGCUCAGGUCGACAGUGCCGGAAAGGUCAGCUGCCUUCUCGAGAAGCGGAUAGCCAUGCCUAUUGCUCUUACUUUCGCCGGCGAGAUUGAUCAGGCCAAGCAAACGGCCAAGCUCGGUCUUGCUGUUUCCCUCGAGAUCGCUGGCGAGGAAUUGAUGGAGCAGCAAGAGAAAGUUGAGGCCCAGGGCAUGAUCCCUCCUCCUUUCUAAGCACGCCCUAGAACGUAGCUGGGGCUAAUGACUCCCACUCGGGCGUGGGAGCUAGGAGCUCUCGCAUUCGGCCUGCCCCUGGCUCAUAUAUUCUUCAGUCUGUUUUAGUAGCUCUUCUCUUUCCAUAUGUAUGUUCGGAAGGUGGUGUGUUAUCUACGGUUAAUCCCCUUGAACGCGGUUUACUGCAGUCGCUUUGACGUAUGGGACCAAUUUUGUAUAGAUGCUUUCUUGAUUCAGCCGCC